AUGACAAUUGCAUAUCGUCGUUCAUUGUAUUCUCUUGCACGCUCGGUUAGCGACAACAUUUUUAAUAAACAAGUCUCGACGAAGAAACAUAUUGAAAUUUUAAUUGGACCAAACGUGGACGUUUAUUGUCAACCACUUGAUAAUAUUAAUUCGAUAAGUUUGAAGUUUCUGACGAUCAAGUUAGCAUCUAAAUUAGGCGAGUGCAAGAUCAUCAUCGAUGAUUGUAAGGUAAUACGCGAGGCGUCCAGUGUGUGCAUAAAACGUCGAGCGGCGUUAAAAAGUCGUUCAAUAGGGGACGAGCCGGUGAACGGAGAACAAGUCAUGUCGCGGGUUCUCGCGUCGGCGUGCGUUAUCUCGAUCGUCCUAAUGAUUUCGGAAACUGUGUCGCUGGAUCGAUCCAGGGGGACGGUGAACAACAGGCUGGAGGGCUCGUUUCAAUCGGCUCCCCUGUUCCUGUUCCACCUGCUCAAGCUGAAGCACAAGAUUCAGAGAAUAGAGAACGUUCCGACCAGCCCGCCGACCGCGGAUUGCGUUUGCAUACCUCACUACCUGUGUGACGUUAACGGUACCGUCACCCCGGAUAAAGUUGGAACGAUCGAUAUUCGAUACCGAAGAUGUACAGGUGACUUGGAGGUCUGCUGUCGUUUGGUGAACUCCACUACAACCACAACUACGACUACGACUACAAAGGCGCCUACGACUGCGACAACGAAGGCGCCUACGACUGCGACAACGAAGGCGCCUACGACUGCGACAACGAAGGCACCUACGACGAUGACAACGACGAAAGCCCCCAUCACGACCUCGACUACAACCACCCUUGGUCCAGUGGUGUUCCCGAGCACAGAGUCCCCGAAUUCUCAAGUCUGUGUCUGCGUGCUGGAAUCUCAAUGCGAUCCUUCGGGAAUAAUUGGUUCCUCGGGGGAGGGGGUGAUAAAUCCCCGUAUACAAUUCGUCCAGUGUCCCAACAGUAAUCAGGUCUGCUGUCUGCCGUCCAGCGUGAUCCGUUCUCCGACCACCACCAGCCCCCCGCCGGUCGUUCCCCCGCGAAUCUGUUAUCUUUGCGGGGGUGUGAUCCAGUGCAAUAACGGGAUCGUGGUCCCUGUGAAUCCUGUGGUGACCUACAGCCAGCCCUCGUGCCCUGUGCCCACCACCUGCUGUCAGGGGAUAAACCCCAUAUACGGAAACGGGAUUCCAGUGGUGUUGCCCAACACCCCCCAACAGGGCUGUUAUUGCGUGAAGAGCUGGCUGUGCCCCACGGGGAACUCGAUCACCUGGGGCCAAACCGGCGCCAUUGACCCCAGGCUUUCAUUGUGUUCCUCCGCGGACGAGGUUUGCUGUCUGACCACCGCCAUUGGCGCGCAGACGGGUCGCGAAUUGCAGGACGAAGCGAGGGAGAACAUAAUAAACGGGGAAGCCUCGUUCUCGCAGGUCGGAUGUGGCCUUCAGGACGACUCGUACGCACCAGCACAACCAUACCCUACGAACAGUGGGAGGACCUAUUUUGCAGAGUUCCCGUGGAUGGUUGCUCUCCUGACGCUGCAGCCGGAUGGAAAGUACAUGUUCCAGUGCGGUGGAUCAUUGAUCACCGAUAAAGCCGUCCUUACAGCGGCGCAUUGUGUCGCUAAGCUCGAAAACAGCAGACUGGUGGCGCGUAUCGGUCAGUUCGACUUGGAAAAACAACCGAGUGGUCAGCCAGUCCCCUAUCAAGAGGUGAACGUGAAGACUGCGGUGACCCAUCCGUCGUUUUACAGCGCUGGUCUGUUCCACGACAUUGCUGUGCUUAUUCUGGGCAAACCGGUCAAUCGAACCAUAAAUGCCAGGUCCAUUUGUAUACCUCGACAAGGAUCCAUUUUCCCUGCUGGGACUGAGUGUAUUGGUACAGGAUGGGGCAAGAAUUCGUUUGGUGGUUCGUACCAAACCGAGUUAAGAAAGGUGGAGGUCCCCAUAGUCGACAGGACGGAUUGCCAAAGUCGACUCAGGGCCACGAAAUUGGGCCCAUAUUUCCAGUUGCACAGCUCGUUUAUGUGCGCAGGCGGCGAAAUAAACCGGGACACGUGUCGCGGGGAUGGUGGAGGACCUUUGAUUUGUCCAACGGCCACGGGACAAUAUUUUCAGGCUGGCAUAGUAUCUUGGGGGAUCGGUUGCGGGUCUUCGAACGUGCCCGCUGUUUAUACAAACGUCGCCCAAUAUACACAGUGGAUCAAUCAGCAACUAGUUACUUACGGAACGUAAAAAUACGUUCUUUAUAUUCCAGUCAGAUCUCCAGUUAGUUGAAUACAAUAAAUUAUUUUUCUUAGAUUUGUCGUGAAUUAUAAGAAUGUACAUUCUAUUCGCAAGCGUGAGAAAAUGUGUUCAUUUGUUGAAUUUUUUCCUAGAGAACUAUAAGCGCGAAUAGUUUGAAAUUUGUUAAUAAUAUUGUAAACUAUGUUUCCUACACCUUUGGCAUUUUUUAAUGUUCACGACACGA